UACUGCUGCGCGAAGGAACGCAACGGCUGCGUGUUGCCGAGCAACGAAACUGCCUAAAGUGCGGUAAAAUAAAGCACCUGUGUGCGGCUUUGAAUACCACCCAGCAUGAGCCACAUGUGUGACAGGGCCUUAUCAGAAAAAAUAAAAGGCUUUAAAAUUUUCAACAAGAAAUCAAAAACCGAUCAAAGGUGCUGCUCUGCAAAAAGAUUCAAUGCACACUCCAAAUAUUCAAAGCACUAUAAUGAGGCAGAUGAGCGGAACAAAAUGAAACGACUGAAGACCUGCAAAGAGAGGAGUCGGAUAAAAGGUGGCUGGAAAGAGAACUCAAAGAUCAAGUCACAUAAGCGUCACUGCCUUUGCCAAAGCAAUGUAGACAUGGCAUAUUUGCAUAACUGCUGUCAUGCUUGUUGUCAUUCUUCAAAGAGAAAGCCACCAUUUCCAAGAGUUGUUCCUUCUGCGCAGGAGCCCUGUAUCAUCACAGACAGCCGCCUGACAAGACACCAUGGCCUGUUUAACCAUGAAGUGAAGUCCGUUGAUACUGAACGUUUGCUAAGUGAGCAGCAAAACCUGGAGGAAAAUGAACAAAUAAAAGAAAAGAGGACUGAUAUUUCACAUUUAUAUUCAACAUCUCACAGUUCUACUCCACUCUCCAGUGAUGGUUUGUUGGGAGCUGAUACAGAUGUUAUGUCAUUUAGGAAAAAAGCAGACCCUGCUUCAAAAGACCACACUGACUGCCAAGAGAAGGAAAAGAAAAACCUGCAGUUUGAUACACAGCAAUCAGAUGUUACACCAGGGCAGAGACCACAACAGCGACUUGCUCUUUCAUGUGAAAGUUUUCAAAGCAGCCACUUGUCUAAACACAGCUUCCUCAAUGUAGUAACAACCAAAACCAAGAAGGCAUGUGCCAUGUCUGAAAACAACAGAGAAUCACUGCUGACUCCUAUUGUUGAUGGAGACGAUAUGAAGACUUUAAAUGCAAACGUAAAGAAACAUGUGAUUUCUACCCCUGAGCAAAACCCAGAGAUCCAGGAGCCUCCCGUCCAGCAGAUACAAAGUCAUGGUCUCAGUGCAAGCCCAUUUAAACUCUUCAGCUCACCCACUACUGACAGCUGUCACAUACAGGACAGAAGGCAAGAUCCAGAAUAUGUAACUAAGUCUGUCAGAGCAGUGGCAGCACGGUUGUGUGAUCGCCUGAAGCUCCCAUUGAUGAGGAGCAGAAACCUGCUGUCAGAGAACAGGGAGGUGCUGCUGAACGCUCUGCAAGAGAGGCAUGGACCCUGGCUUCAAGAGAACCUCCUUAGGGUGCAGCAACAUCUAAGCUUCGCUGUGCAUCCCAGAAAUAAAGUUCAAGAUCAUGAUCAAGAGCCAGCCAGGAUAAAUGAAGAGGAGCAAUUUCCUGCAGACAUGCCUGUCAAAAUGUCAGGAAGUAGACAUUUUAAGUGGAAACCCAGUCCGUACCCACACUGCAGACAGAAACAGGCUGCUGAGUGGCUGACAAGCCCUAUGGAGACCUCUGUCAGUAUUUUUGAUAAUAUCUUCAGACCAAGUUUGUCACCUCAGUUGUAUAUAGAUUUAGGCCCCUGUGGAGAUUCAGAAAGUAAGAGAGAAAAGGCCUCAGUGCCUGAGGACUGGGAAGAGCAUUUCAACAGAUCAAAGAGCAAAAAAUCACCUAUGUUUGAUUCAUUUGAAAACUGCUUCAUGGACUACACCAGAGCAACUGGACAGAGGAGCCCAGGAUAUUUUGACAUCAAUACCCAGCUCUCUUUUUCUUAUCAAGAACAGCUUCCAGAUAGACAUGCAGGAGAGCCAAUGUACUUUGCCCAGCAGGAAGACCUAUUAGGAACUGACAGGUACUCAUGUGCUCCCUCCUUUCCUGCCCAAAUUCACCAUCAGAGCAAUCAUUUCCAACCUUUGAGCCACUUCAGUCAGCCUUCAGCUUGCCCUCAUCUGAAAUCCCACAACACUGACAUGAUGUACUACCCUCCAUCUUAUAUGCUUGAGAGAGAUCCUGCACAGUCCCUUGCUGCUUUCCCAAGCCCUGAGUCGUGGUCCUUCCCUCCUAUGAGGUUGUACUAAUGUGUGGUAAAGCUCUGCCUAGAGCCAUGGCAAUUGACAUUUCUAUGACUGAAGUACAAUUCUUCCUUCGUGCCAUAAAGCGUUUUGUUUAGUCAGUAAAAAAAAAGUUAACAUAUUUUAAUAAAACCAUAGCAUUAAAUGUAGAUGCAAUAUCUGUCAUCUCAAGAGUAACCUCUUUCUUUUAUUGUCCCAUUUAUGCUGAGCUAAAGAACCACACAAUUAUGGUUACAUCUUUUGAAGCAUUUUAUUUUUCAUUUUGCACUACUGUUCAUUAAAAACACAAAUGUUAUUGAUGGAAUAUUCUUUA